GUUCUCCCUCUCCCUCCAUCUCUCUCCAAUGGCAGCAGCAAAGCUCAUUUCUGCUCCUCUGAUAUCUUUCCCUUGUAAAUUCAAAGGCAGCAGCUGUCAGCAGGAGCAAUGGAUUGGGCCGGGCCCAAGAAUCCAAAAGCCCAAAAGGCUGGUGGGCCAUCUCUCUCUCCAGGACCCCACCUUCGUGGAGACAUCUACGCCGGCCAUUUUCCAUCUAGCAGAGAACGCGGGCUACUCAUUGGCCAGCUAUUACACUUCUCUAGGGCUUUUCGUCAUCUCCGUUCCUGGCCUCUGGUCUCUCAUCAAGCGCUCCGUUAAAUCCAAGAUAGUGCAGAAGACGUUUGUAGGAGAAGAGAAGAAAACUCCAAAUCAGGUGGCAGGAGAGAUUCUCUCUUUCUUCACGCGCAAUAAUUUCGUGGUGUCAGAUAGGGGAGAGACCAUAACGUUUGAAGGCAUGAUGGUUCCAAGCAGAGGCCAAGCUGCAUUACUCACAUUCUGUACAUGCAUUAGUUUGGCCAGUGUCGCUCUCGUCCUUACAAUAACUAUUCCUGAAGGAGGCAACCGAUGGUAUUGGCUGACAAUCUUAAGCCCAUUGGCCGGAGCAUACUACUGGAAAAGAGCUUCACGCAAGGAACAGAUAAAAGUAAAGAUGAUGGUGGCCGAUGAUGGUAGCCUCUCAGAGAUCGUUGUCCAAGGUGACGAUGGACAAGUAGAAGAAAUGAGGAAGGACCUUAAGCUUAGUGAGAAAGGAAUGAUAUAUGUUAAAGGCAUUUUCGAGAGAUCAUGAAGCUUGCUUCUUUUUUUCGUGAUUGAGCCAGUUCCUCAAUCAGAUGAUGGUUUUCAAUAGUCCCAGGUUCUUCUUACUAUCGCGACAAGGAAAUCUGUUAUUCUUUCUUGAGAGGUUUGUUAUUUUCAGAAUUGAAUCCAUUGUAUAUUUAACAAUUUUGAGAUGCAUUCCAUUGUAAAUCAUCUCGUUGAUCAUGGGAAUGGAAUGUGAAUUCAACCUUGUGAUGUA